UAAAGUAACAAAAAAAACCUCUAUGUUCAGGUGAUUGUCUUUUAGCGCCAUCUAAAGACAUUAAGUGUUACUGCAACUGGAAUGACGCGUGUAAAGUCUGUCAGCAAGCCGGAAGUGACUUCUGUUUAUGUGCUCUAUCGUAAAUGACACACAUAGAGAAGAGGUCGCGCCUGCAGUGAAAUAAAUGUUCAUGAUCAUAAUGCUGUUUUGAAUAGGUGCUAUUCACAUAGUAUACGCGAGGUUGUGUAAAUAUGGCACAGAAGAGGGUGACUGUGGACAAAGGGCUGCUGCAGGAGCGUUUGUGAAAUGGGCUUCCAGGUCAUUCUGUAUGUUCCCAACCUAAUUGGUUACAUCCGGAUCCUUCUUGUUCUCAUUGCCUGGAUUCUGUAUAGAGACCCACAAAGUUUUGUGCCCUUGUAUGUGUUAUCUAUUAUUCUGGAUGGCGUUGAUGGAUGGGUGGCACGUCGGCUGCAUCAGACCUCCAGGUUUGGCGCAUGGCUGGACGUGGUCAUUGAUAAUGUAGGACGUGGAAUGAUCUGGAACAUGCUUUAUGAUUGGGGCUGGCUGGUGUCUUCAGUGGAGUGGUGUGUAUUUGUGUGCAACCACAAUGCAAGAGGUGCCCAGUGGAAGAACUCUUUCUCAGAGAGUCCGGUUUGGGUACAAGCUGUGAUGGCAAAUGGCUUCAAGACUCCGUUGGGCAUUCUGACAGUAGCAGGGCUCCAUGUUUUGCCCGUGUGGCUGUAUGGUUUCGAGCAUGAGGUGCUGUCUCGAGCUCUCUGUGCACCAAACUGGCUGCAGAUUGCGGGGAUUCUGGUGCUGACAGCAGGACGAGUACUGGGCUUUGCAGUUGAGAUGUGGUGCAUCUUAGCCCAUCUGAGAUGUUUACUGACAGAUGAAGAGGAAGAAAAGAACAACUAAGAGUCUAAGAUUCAUAUUUGAUGAGGCUACUGCACCUGAAAAGCACUUCAUCUCUUUGAAUGAGCAUGCUGAAUGCAACUUAUGAAGGAGAUAAUGUUACUGCGAACUAAUGUUGUUUUUACUCGAAUAUAUUUUAAAGUGAGAUACAUUUAUGCCAGAGUCCUUAAAUGCAAUGUUUAGGAAGGGAAGCUAUCAUAAUAGUUAUGUUGCUUGUGAUGUUUGGUGAAUUUAUUUAUUGUAUAUUUAUUGCUUAGGCUUCACUCUUUUUGUUGUUCUUGUUGGAAAGCAUGUGGUUAACAAUAGGGAGUUUAUGGCUUAAAUUCUCAGGAUAUGUAUAAACUGAUCAAAUGUACUUGUUACUGCAUCAACAGCCAAGCCUCAAAUUAUUCAUACCCCUGGCAAAUUACUUUUAACCAGCAAGUUUUUACUUUUGUCUGGAAAUGACACAGGCUUCUCCCAAAAGAUAAGAAGAGGAUGUCAGGCAUCAUUGAGGAAAAAAUAUUUCUUUAAGUAAAAUAGUUCUUUAAGUAACUUUAAGUCAGAAUUUGCCAGGGGUGUGAAUAAUUUUAGGCUUGACUGUAUAUAUAUACCCAUAUAUGCAAUGUAAGCAACUUUUAAAUGCUUGAAUGUAAAAAUAACCAAUAUGCAAAUAAAAUUAUUU